AUGUCUUUCGUAAGAUUUGUAUAUCAAUUUCACCUGUCUUUUCUUGAAUGCAGACAUAUAUUUCCAGUUGCCUAGCUCUCCAGAACAAUAUUUUACUCAACAAAUAGCCCGAGUCAAUUUAAGAAUACCUGAAUCGCAGAGCGAUGGAAGCUAUCUUCUUUUCUGUUAAAGUAUUAUUUUACCCAACUAAAUACCCUGAGAAAACUCCAGAGCAAUCGAAGCUAUCUUGUUGGGUCUAAUCUCAAUGCAAUGGAGAAACUCAUGUCCAAUGGCCACAAUCAUCUUCAUGUUCAGGAUAAGCAUGUCUUUCCUCUGGGUGAACGUCCCGACUUGUCCCAGGUCUGUCAUUCUUAUACAUUUCCAGUCAUUGACCUCAAAGAUCUGGAUGGGCAUCAUAGAAUGAAGGUAGUCUAUGAGAUUAGGCGGGCAUGCGAGGAGGAUGGCUUCUUCCAGAUCAUUAACCACGGAGUGCCAGAAACUGUGAUGAAAAGCAUGAUGGACAUUGCCAAAGAGUUUUUUGAAAUGCCUGUGGAAGACAGGGUUUGUCUCUAUUCAGAGGACCCACAGCAGGCUGUCAGGGUUUCUACAAGCUUCAACGUCACUAAAGAUGAAUUCUUUGAUUGCAAGGAUUUUCUUAGACACCCAUGUCAUCCGCUGGAAAAAUUCAUCAAUUCAUGGCCUCAAAAGCCUGCACUUUACAGAGAAGUUGCAGGGAAGUAUGCCAAGGAGAUAAGAGUACUUAUUCUAAGGCUUCUGGCUGCCAUUUCUGAAGUUCUUAGACAAGAUUCUGAUUAUUUGAAUGCAAUCUUUGGAAAGCAUAGCCAGGUACUGCUGAUAAAUUACUAUCCUACAUGCCCAAAUCCAGAUCUUACCUUUGGCGUAUCACCUCAUUCAGAUUCAGGUGGCAUUAAUGUUUUGAUGCAAGGAGAUGUGAGUGGCCUGCAAGUGCUAAAAGAUGGGAAAUGGUUUGCAGUAGAACCAAUACCCAAUGCCUUUGUGGUGAAUGUGGCUGAUCAAAUUGAGGUUGUAAGCAAUGGAAGAUUCAAAAGUGCCGAGCACAGGGGUGUAACGAAUACAACCACUGCACGUAUAUCAAUUCCGACCUUCUAUGGGCCUUCGUUGGAUGCCUUCAUCGCUCCUGCAGCAUCCACGGUGGAUGAGGAGCAUCCGGCUUUAUACAGAGGACAUAAAUUUGAAGAAUACAUGACAGCAUUCUGGAGCCAAGGUUUGAAGGGCAAGAGCAUUUUGGAUCGCUUCAAGAUUGAAAUCAGUUCAUGAUUGAGAAGUGUGAAGUAUAGCUGCUGUUGUUAGCUAUAUACCUUCAGUUUGGUGUCCUAUUUUGUCAGUUAAGUUAGCUGUCAUUCUUCAUCACUUUGUUGCCAGUCUCUUUUGCAGAUGUAUAGUGCAGAUAGUUGUCUCACGGUGUGCAUAAAUAUGUAACAUUUGAUGAAUACAAAUAUUGAGUUAUUCAGCUGUUCGCAGUCUCUGUUCUAUCA